AUGGCGCCUACCUCGACGGUGCAACAUCACCACCGUUCCACAACAAAGACUACGCACAAACCUUACAAGUCUGGCCAUGCUUCUAAGCGUGCCUUGAAGGACCAGGCUAAAGGCAAGGUGGAAAGAGCAGAGCGGGGUACUCGCAAGACCCCUCAUCAGCAACUUAUGUCGAAACUUGAUCGAAGGAAUCAGGCUCGUCAGAAGCAGCAGAAUAAGCAGCAGGAAAGGGCUCAGGCUAUAAGUAUUUUUUCCGGUCAAAAUGGAGCACCGCGUCACGUUGCCAUUGUUCCGCUCUCUAUCGAUAUCGAUACCACGGCUAUUAUUAAGGCGCUGAACGAAAGUGUCGAUGUCACCAGCGAUGUGUUCCCAGACACCAUUUCCCGUGUUCGAAUUGAUCGGUUCCGACAAAACUUGCAGUAUAUCCCGGCCAAGUAUGAUCUGAUGAGCGCAUUGGAUGCUUGCCGAAUGGCAGACUUUGUCGUUCUCGCAAUCUCCGCACACUUGGAGGUGGAGGAGCAAGGCGAACUGCUGCUGAGGUCAAUUGAGGGUCAGGGAGUGUCAAAUGUUAUUGCGGUGGUACAGGGCCUUGACAAGAUCAACCCUCCCAAGAAACGUCCCCAGGUAGCCGGAUCGCUUAAGUCAUUCUUGAACCAUUUCUACCCAUCAAUCGACAAGGUACUUUCUAUCGAUUCGCGACAAGAAUGCUCGAAUGCCAUUCGAUCUCUCUGCACUGCAACACCUAAGGGCAUACGAUGGCGCGAUGAUCGGAGUUGGAUGCUCAUCGAGGAUGUCAAGUGGCCUGAAAGCGCUUCGCCCGAAGUAGACGAUGUGGUGUUGACUGGUGUUGUACGCGGGAAAGGCUUAAAGGCGGAUCGCUUGGUGCACGUCCCUGGCUGGGGCGAUUUCCAGAUCGAUUCUAUCACCGCUGCUCCGCUACCUACUGCGCGAUCCAAGCGCGACGAUGCAAUGAACGUAGAUGAAAGCGAAGCGCCUCAGUUACUGGACAGUCCAUCUGCGGAUCGUGAUGACCUGGCUACAGUUGCUCCAGAGGAAAUCGAAAUGGAAGAUGAUAUUGAGUCCAUGCCAGACACAGAUAGGAAGGGUGUGCUUCUUGAUGAUCACCACUACUUUUCCGACGACGACGACCACAUCCCGGCCAAACCGAAAAGGCUGCCAAAAGGUACCUCUGAGUACCAAUCCCACUGGUUCUUGGAUGAUGUAUCGGACUCUGGAUCUGACGUUAUGGACGAUGACGAUGAGGAGGAUAUGCAAAUGGACGUCUCCGGUGCUCCCGAAGACGGCGUAUUCCCCGAUAACCACGACGCCAUGACAGAAGGCGGACCUUCUGAAUACCCUCAGUCAGAGAUGUUCCUCGACCCGUCACCAGAGGAUGAAGCACAGCAACUGGAAGAGUACAGAGCCAGCCGUAGGAAUGAAGCGAAAGAUGACCUAGAAUUCCCUGACGAGAUUGAGCUUCACCCCAACGUCCUCGCGCGCGAACGCUUGGCUCGAUACCGAGGGAUGAAAAGCCUCAAGACUAGUCCCUGGAACACAGCGGAGGACCGGCCACACGAGCCCGAGGACUGGCGCCGUCUACUUCAAUUCGGCGAUUACAAGGGGUCCAAGAACAGGAUUCUCAGAGAAGCUCUCGUCGGCGGCGUCAACCCAGGCACCCGCGUCGAUGUCCACCUCCGCGCAGUCCCUGCCUUGCUCCGCAACAGACCCCAACCCUUAUCUCUCUUCUCUCUUCUCCGCCAUGAACACAAGCACACAGUCGUCAACAUCAAUAUGCACCUCAAUGCUGCCGUCGAAGAGCCGAUCAAAUCCAAGCAAGAACUCAUAGUCCAGUACGGCCCGCGCCGCUUAAUCGUCAACCCUGUUUUCUCCUCCGCAGACAACACCCCCAACAACGUCCACAAGUUCGACCGCUUCCUCCACCCAGGUCGCAGUGCGGUCGCAACCUGGAUCGGUCCUCUCACAUGGGGCUCUGUUCCUGUUCUCGUCUUCAAAUCCCGCAAGACGUCUGCUGACCCAGAAAUCCUCGACUCUGCUGACGCUCCGGAAUCAACAACAGCUGUGGGCUUCUCAACAUCUACCCUUGAGCUUAUUGGCACGGGCACCGUCGUGGCUCCAGACCCAACUCGUGUCGUCGCCAAACGCGCCAUCAUAACCGGCCACCCGUAUAAGAUCCACAAGCGCGUUGUCACGGUCCGCUACAUGUUCUUUAAUGCCGAGGACGUCAACUGGUUUAAGGCUUUGCAGCUGUGGACUAGACGUGGACGCAGCGGGUUCAUCAAGGAGAGUCUUGGUACGCAUGGUUACUUCAAGUGUACCUUUGACGGAAAAAUCAACCCGCAAGAUUCGGUUGGAAUCAGUCUGUACAAGCGUGUGUUCCCGCGAAAGGCGAGGGCUUUGGAGGAGGUUGCGAACUAAGCAACCAGCCCUUUUAUCCGCGCCUACUGCUUUAUAUUGGUUCUUGGGGUAGUUUGUUGAUGAUGGUGAGGCAAAGAAGAGGAAUAAUAUGAUACCAUAAAGUGGACUGCAUGAUAUGACGAACUUCCUGACUUCAGUUACUUGGGAAUAUUCUCUAAAAAGUCAUUUGGGCUAU